GAAGUGACCGUGCGCGGAGUCCCGUCCCCCUCCUCUUUCGGAUAAAGCCCACGGUCGGGGGGGGGGCUGCGUGGCACUCGCUGCUGCCGCGCUGAGGGCUGGCGGGGUCCCCCCACGGGCAGCGACCCCCGCCCCGGUGCCGCCGGAGCAGCCGCCGCCGGAGCACAGGAAUCGCAAAGAUCACCUUCAAGAAUGACAGAACUCGAGCCAUUAGCAAGCUCAUCCAAAAGUAAUCAUCCAUCAGAGGUGACCACCUCCACAUCCCAGCUGCAGAAGAGCGUGAGGAGCAGCAGAGCGUUCCUGCUUGCAGGAGGCAUGAGACUCAUGCCAAUAACCGCCUGAAUUCCCUCCUCCUGCGGUGGACUGUUGGCUCCAGGCUGUGUUUGCCCAGCAAUGGGUGAAGCUGGCAGAGACUCCACCAGCCCGAGUACUCAGACAGAGUCGAGGAGGCAGUCCAUGGGAGGCCACCUUCUCCACAACUGGUGCUAGAUGAGAAGCAGAUCAGUCUACUUGGGAAUAUGGAAUACCUCUCACGUUGUCUUUGAGAGGAAGAGCUGAUGAUGGACUGUCCACACAACAGCAACAACAUUGUGGAUUGGAUGUUUUUUUUUAACAAGGGCGACAGGCAGUGCCAACGCGACACAAGAGGAUGAGGAGUAAGGCCUCUAGCUGCCUCUCCACUGCUCAUCGCCUUCUGCAGACCUCAUCUCCGUGAGGCAGUCUGGAGGUACACGGCUGUGUUUGAAUGGGACAAAGCAUGGUGGGAAAAAGGCAAUUCCAUUCACCUCAUUCAAGGCUGGGAUAGAAUCCAGAACAAAUUCUUUCUGGUAACUCCUACUGGAUGUAUAUUCUACCAAGACCUGUGGAAAGGACCAGAGCCAGAGGAUUUUCUGUCCUUCUAUGGUGUAGAAACCAGCAAUAAAAUAUUUUGAUUACAAGGCCCAGUACAUUCAUAGAAUAUAUAAAACUGUCUUUUGUGUUUCACUGCAUACAAUUUGCUGCAGCAGCCUACAGCCAUCCAAGGUACUUCGGCUUCACUUUCACAACUCAUGGAUCACUGAGAGAUGCUCCCCGAGCUGAGGAGUCCCCGUAUCACCAGCACCUCAGUACCAACAGAGUGGUGUGAUGCCUUCAGAACAUUCCACAGCUCCUUCAGCAUAUAUUGAGCAGCUGAAGCCACGGUGGGGAGAGGCAGGAGGCAUCUCUGAGACUGACUGUCCCCACAAAGAGCAAGUGACCAUCUUUGGGGCAAGAACUUGUGGAGUGGUUGGGCUGCACAGCAGGUUGGUGCAUCUCUACAGGGCUUUGUCCAGAUACAUCUUCCUGUUCCAUUUUGUAGUUUGGGAGUGAUUCGCUACCCUGGCAGUCCACUCUUCUGCUUGUGCCCCAAGGAGGGGCUUAGUGCUAAAGCAGGGACCCCCAAGACUCCCCCAGAUGGUGAGAUGUGACUUGCCAUGUUCUCUCCUGCUUCUGUUAACAGCCUGCAAUUAGAAGAGGUAUGAUACUGGUGCUGCUGUCAUCAAUUUACACUGAUUUUCAGGGAAAUGAUAAGCAGGAGGAAACCUGGAAGCUUUCCACUGCCCUGCUGAACAUGGGAAUAUAAAAACUUUUUAACCCAUAGUAUCUCUGUCCCUCUUCCAAAUGGGCAACUUCUGAAGUUGGAACUACCUGCUACCCAAAGCAGCCACUUCUCCCUUCACUGUUUAUCCUGGAGGGGAAAAUGAAUUUCACAAACUGUACCACUGAAGCCAGUGUGGCUGCAAAGCCAAAAACUGUAACUGAGAAGAUGAUUGUUACCCUGACCUUGGCCACAAUCACAACCCUGACUAUGCUGCUGAACUCUGCUGUCAUCGCAGCAAUCUCCACAACCAAGAAGCUCCACCAGCCUGCAAAUUAUUUAAUAUGCUCACUCGCUGUGACAGACCUCCUUGUUGCUGUCCUUGUCAUGCCCUUGAGUAUCACUUACAUAAUGAUAGAUAAGUGGACUUUGGGAUACUUCAUCUGUGAGAUCUGGUUGAGCGUCGACAUGACCUGUUGCACGUGUUCAAUUCUCCACCUAUGUGUUAUUGCUCUGGACAGGUACUGGGCAAUCACUGACGCCAUCGAAUAUGCCAGGAAAAGAACAGCAAAAAGGGCUGGGUUGAUGAUAGUCACCGUGUGGACUAUCUCCAUUUUCAUAUCAAUGCCCCCUUUGUUUUGGAGAAACCACCACAGCGUCAGUAUCCCCAGUGAGUGUCGCAUUCAGCACGACCAUGUCAUCUACACUAUUUAUUCCACAUUUGGGGCGUUUUACAUACCCUUGACUUUGAUCCUGAUCCUCUACUACAGAAUCUACCAUGCUGCAAAGAGUCUCUACCAGAAGCGGGGCUCGAGCCGCCAUCUCAGCAACAGGAGCACCGACAGCCAAAAUUCCUUUGCCAGCUGCAAGCUCACGCAGACGUUCUGUGUCUCGGACUUCUCCACCUCUGACCCCACUACAGAGUUUGAUAAAAUUAAUGCAUCCGUGAGGAUCCCUCCUUUUGAGAAUGACUUGGACCUAGUUGGCGACCGGCAGCAGAUUUCCACCACACGGGAGAGAAAGGCUGCUCGCAUCUUGGGACUGAUUUUAGGGGCUUUCAUUUUGUCCUGGUUACCCUUUUUCAUCAAGGAGCUGCUUGUGGGCCUCCACCUUUGCAUUGUCUCUCCAGAAGUAGCAGACUUCUUGACCUGGCUGGGAUAUGUCAACUCCCUCAUCAACCCUUUGCUGUACACGAGCUUUAAUGAAGAUUUCAAGCUGGCCUUCAGAAAACUCAUCAGGUGUCGAGAACAUACUUAAAAGUACUGGGAGAUGAUGAUGAUGGCAUGACUCCUGGCCUUAAGAACGAGCAAAAUAAUUUGACCAUUGUCAUUUCCCUUGACAAAGGGGAUUUUGAUGUUUGCCUCUUUGCUUAACUCUUUAACUCUCUUCAGCCAGUAAUUUGUUCUGCUGCUUUUUUUUUUACCUUUGGUGUUAUUCAUGAUAAAGAUUUGAAAUAAACUUAUUCUACAAAGGAACAGAUUUUUUUUUAGCAAUGAAACAAACAAUAAAUAACAACAAAAAUAUAUUAGUUAUUCACAUUUAAGGCAUUUUGUGUAAUCAAUGACUCAAGAAGGAAACAACAAUAUUCACAUUUCUUUUAUACUUUUUUCAUUUAAGAAUUGAAUGUCUAACUUAAUAUGCACUGUAGUAAUAUGAAGGCUUGUAAGCUGAAUCCCAGAAAUUCGUGUUCAAAAAUUAAUAAACUUCAUGGUCAUGACAACUAAACAGAAAUUCUUUACUGUGGCAUUUGGAGAAAACUGUAACUGUUUUUUAGAAGGAAAAUAACCACCAUUACAGCAUAAUAAACAAUUCUAUUCUUAUCCCCACAGAAAUACACUAUCGAAAUAGAAAGUGAAGUUCAUUUCAUUCCUUCCUAAAACAGAUCUCAAUUUGUACUCCAAAGUAAUCCUUUAAGUGACCCUUUUUUUUUUGCUCUGUUUCCUGAUUUAUGUUAAGAGUAUUGGACAAAAACUGUGCAGUUUAUUUGGUGACUGAGAGAACACAGCAGGCAAGUGUUACACUUGUAAGAUCAGCUGCACACCUGAAUGGUCACCUGUUUAAUACCGCUGUUUAAUACCACAUUCCUUCAGGGCUCAGGCUGUGUGCGUCCAUCAGCUGUGAGGUGGCAUCAUCCAGUUUUUCCCCACUUCCCCUGAACCUUUCAGUGCACAACCCCACGGAUCACUGACCUUUCCCCACAGAUUCAGGCAGCUGCACAUUCUCUCAUUGGGUCAGUAAAGUGCAGUGUUCAGAAAUAUCAUCUCAAAAAAAAACAAAAAAGACAAAUUACUUUGUUUGAACAGUAGCAGCAGAAAAGAAAAGAAAUAAGGAAAAGAACUUCUUAAAAUAGCACACUUCAUCUUUCAAUUUGCAACGGCAUGCUUGUCACUUAACCUAUGAUCAAACCCUCUAGCAGGAUUUCUUGCUCCGGCUGUUCUCCAAGGAGCCUCUUCUCUCAUCCAGACACAGUCCUUCAUACUCUUUCUUCUGUGUUUACGGAAGCUAAAAUGCCGUGGCUCAAACAGGUUGGAAAUCAGGCUGGGAAGAAGCAAAAUCAAAGCUAAGAAUCUGGCACUGCCCAUUAAGUAACUCCUAAAUACUACUUAAAUAUUAUUUAUCUUGCAACACAAUUUUCUUUCCUGUCCUUUUUUUUUUUUUUUUUCCUGGACAAAUUCUUUUUGAAUUAAACCAACACGCCAUAUAGAAUAUAGCACAUAUAUCACCCUGACAUGCAGUAACAGUGAGCUACAGCAUGGCAGCUCUAAAUCCAUCAGAACAGAUAUUAGAAGUAGCAAGAGUGUUGUAACAGCACCAGAAGCCAGCUAUGGAAGAUGUUUUGAAAAUUUACAACACAGCAAUCAUUUUUCCUAUCAAGAGUCCAGGAAUUGUUAGUAACAUGAGUAAUAAACUCUGGAUGGAGCUGUUUGGUUGCAAAGAUGCAGUUCUGCAAGCUGAGCAUAAAUUAAAUCUGAGGGUGAUAAAAGCACGACCUACUGCUUACCUACAUUCAGCGGGACUCUGCUUCAAGGACUACAGGUUUACCAUACCUGGAUUUAGGAGGCUUAUUUAGGAUGCUGCCCUUCUGAAGCCGCUUCCAUCUGACUUUGGUUCCCUGUUAGCUUUAAUAUCUAAAAAGAGGGGAAAACAAUCAUCUCAGGCCAGAGAUCCACUAUGGUUUUUCAUUUUCAGAGUUUGAUGGAGAUGGAAACUGUCCACUGAAGGUGGGGAGCCUGCCUGUUCGUAAAACUCUCAAAGCAGCCUCACAGAGUAUAUAUGCUAUUAGGGAAAGAAUGACCAAAGGUCCAAAAUGAUGACCGUGAUCUCCCAGUAACUGCUGCUGAUAGGGAGAAAUGCUUCUGAGAGAGGCAUGAAAACUGUAAAACAGAGGAGCUGUAUCAUCUCCAUUUCUACUUAAAUCCCUCUGGUAUCUGAUCUCCGCUGUUAUCCCUCAGGCUACCAAUCAGUGUCAGGUUAAAGACUGUUUAAUAUGUAGAGGUAAUGAUGGCUAAUUUUUGUGCUUCCUUCUUUAAAUAAAGACUCAGCAUUCACUGCCAGCUGACUACUGCUUUUGUAAUUAAAUCAUUAGUUAAACGCAGAGCUAUGUUUUCUAACAAAUGUCACUAGACUGAUGAAGAUGUCUUUUAUGUUUUCUCCAUAAACAAAGCCAAGAACAGCUUAAAGGACUCUUGACUUACAACAAUUUAACUUGAUCAGAAAUUACCUGUCAUCUGAUGGAAAUAAAAACCUUUGCUAGUCUGGCA